AUGGCGAGUUCGGAGGUUUCAAUGAAAGGAAAUCGCGGAGGAGAAAACUUUCCCUCCGCUGGUUACAGUGACCCGAAGGAGACCAGAAAUGCCCCAGUCGCCGGCGAGGGGCAGAAAAGUAAUUCCAACCGAUCUACAGCUGCCGAGCGUGUUGUCGAUCCUGAGGCUGCUCUCUACAGAGAGCUAUGGCACGCUUGCGCCGGUCCGCUUGUGACUGUCCCUCGACAAGACGACCGAGUCUUUUAUUUCCCACAGGGACACAUCGAGCAGGUGGAAGCAUCGACAAACCAGGCGGCAGAGCAGCAGAUGCCUCUCUAUAAUCUUCCAUCGAAGCUCCUUUGUCGAGUCAUUAAUGUUGAUUUAAAGGCAGAGGCAGACACCGACGAAGUUUAUGCGCAGAUAACUCUUCUUCCUGAGUCUAAUCAAGACGAGAAUGCAAUUGAGAAAGAGGCGCCUCCUCCUCCGCCACCGCGUUUCCAAGUGCACUCGUUCUGCAAAACCUUGACUGCAUCGGACACAAGUACACACGGUGGAUUUUCUGUUCUUAGGCGGCAUGCGGAUGAAUGUCUCCCACCUCUGGAUAUGUCACGCCAACCUCCUACUCAAGAGUUAGUUGCAAAGGAUUUGCAUGCAAACGAAUGGCGUUUCAGACAUAUUUUCCGAGGUCAACCACGAAGGCAUCUUCUUCAGAGUGGGUGGAGCGUGUUUGUUAGCUCCAAGAGGCUGGUUGCAGGCGAUGCAUUUAUAUUUCUAAGGGGCGAGAAUGGAGAAUUACGCGUGGGGGUAAGGCGUGCAAUGCGUCAACAAGGAAAUGUGCCAUCUUCUGUUAUAUCAAGCCAUAGCAUGCAUCUUGGAGUAUUGGCUACGGCAUGGCACGCCAUUUCUACCGGAACUAUGUUUACAGUCUACUACAAACCAAGGACAAGUCCAUCUGAGUUUAUAGUUCCGUUUGAUCAGUAUAUGGAGUCUGUGAAGAAUAACUACUCUAUAGGCAUGAGAUUUAAAAUGAGAUUCGAAGGCGAAGAGGCUCCUGAGCAGAGGUUUACCGGCACAAUCGUUGGGACUGAAGACUCUGACCCAGCGAGGUGGGCAAAAUCAAAGUGGAGAUCCCUCAAGGUGAGAUGGGACGAGACUUCUAGUAUUCCUCGACCUGAAAGAGUAUCUCCGUGGAAGAUAGAGCCAGCUCUUGCUCCUCCUGCUUUGAGUCCUGUUCCCAUGCCAAGGCCUAAGAGGCCUAGAUCUAAUAUAGCUCCUUCAUCUCCUGAUUCUUCCAUGCUCACAAGAGAAGGCUCAUUUAAACCAAACAUGGACCCUCUACCGGCAAGUGGACUCUCAAGGGUCUUGCAAGGUCAAGAAUACCCGACCUUGAGAACGAAACAUACAGAGAAUGUAGAGUGUGAUGCUCCUGAAAAUUCUGUUGUGUGGCAAUCCUCAGCGGAUGAUGAUAAGGUGGAUGUGGUUUCGGCUUCUAGAAGAUUUGAGCACUGGAUGCCCUCAGGCAGACAUGAACCUACUUACACAGAUUUACUUUCGGGCUUUGGGGCUAACAUAGAUCCAUCACACGGUCAUCGGAUACCUCUCUACGACCAUUCUUCAUCACCUUCUGUGCCUGGAAAGAAAUCCUUGGGUGAUCAGGAUGGCAAGUUUGAUUAUCUUGCUAACCAGUGGCAGAUGAUGCACUCUGGUCUUUCCCUGAAGUUACAUGAGUCUCCUAAGGUUCCUGCAGCAUCUGAUACCCCUUUCCAAGGGAUGGGCAAUGUCAAAUAUGGCGAAUAUCCGGUGCUUCAUGGUCUGACGACUGAUAAUGGUGGUGCUAACUGGCCAAUACGUCCACGUGCUUUGAAUUAUUUUGAGGAGGCGGUUCAUGCUCAAGCGCAGGCUCAGGCGCAAGCACAGGCUAGGGAGAAUGUAGCGAAACGACCCACGAUAGCACAAGAGGAGACACCAAGGUCAAGAGACGGGAACUGCAGGCUUUUCGGCAUUCCUCUGGUCAACAACAUGAAUGGGACAGAUUCAGCCAUGUCUCAGAGAAACAACUUGAAUGAUGCAGCGAGUCUUGCGCAGAUCGCGUCCCCAAAGGUUCAGGAUAUUUCUGAUCUGUCAAAAGGGUCAAAAUCGACAAACGAUCAUCGCGAACAGGGAAGACCAUUCCAGACUAACCAUCCCCAUCCGAAGGACGCUCAUACUAAAACAAACUCAAAUAGGAGUUGCACAAAGGUUCACAAGCAGGGGAUUGCACUUGGCCGGUCAGUAGAUCUUUCAAAGUUCCAUAACUACGAGGAGUUAAUUGGUGAGCUGGAUAGCUUGUUUGAGUUCAAUGGGGAAUUGAUGUCUCCGAAGAAAGAUUGGUUGAUAGUUUACACAGAUGAUGAGAAUGAUAUGAUGCUUGUCGGAGAUGAUCCCUGGCAGGAGUUUUGUUGCAUGGUUCGAAAGAUCUUCAUAUACACGAAAGAGGAAGUGAGGAAGAUGAACCCUGGAACUCUAAGCUGUAGGAGCGAGGAAGAGGCAGUUGUUGGAGAAGGAUCAGAUGCAAAGGACGCCAAGUCUGCCUCGAAUCCUUCAUUGUCCAGCGCCGCCAACUCUUAA